AGCAGCCGCCCUCCGCCUUUAGUUCCUGGCGUCUGAGAGGAGAAAGAUGUAUCGAUUCCGUUCACGGGCAUCCACGGGGAUUUCUACCGCUGCUACAGCUUUGCCGAUCACCUACCUUCCUCAAUCACAUCCGCUGCCUCGGUCCGGGAAGCCAGCCUCCCAAAGACGUUUCUAUAGUAAAAAGCGCUCCUGGUCUUCCAUCGGCUGAUUGUCACUGCCGCCCGACGAGGGGAAGGAAGUAAAGCCAGAGACCGAGACCUCGGUGCCGGAGCGCCAGGAGGAGCCGCGCGGAGAUACUACCGUUGCAGGCCGCUGCCAUGCCCAAAUCGAAGCGGCGAGGAGGGGGUACCCCGCGCGGAACAUCAGGUGCCCAGCACAGAAACAUGCAACCUUUUAGUGAUGAAGAUGCAUCAGUUGAAACUAUGAGCCACUGCAGUGGCUUCAGUGAUCCUGCCAGCUUUACUGAAGAUGGACCUGAAGUUGAUGAGGAAGCGACCCAAGAAGACCUGGAGUACAAACUAAAGGGAUUAAUUGACUUGACUUUGGACAAGAGUACAAAGACGAGACAGUCCGCUCUUGAUGGUCUUAAAAGUGCUUUGACAUCAAAAAUGCUAUAUGAGUUCAUCCUGGAAAGGAGAAUGACGCUCACAGACAGUAUUGAACGUUGUAUCAAGAAAGGCAAGGGUGAUGAACAGCGUGCAGCUGCAGGACUGGCUUGUUUGCUCUGUGUACAGUUGGGCUCAGGAAUUGAAAGUGAGGAAGUUUUUAAAACCCUUGCACCUCUUCUGAAGAAAAUACUCUGUGAUGUCUCAGCAAGUACGCAAGCUAGGCAAGCUUCUGCCACCUGCUUAGGAGUCUGUUGCUUUAUUGCUACUGAUGAUAUCACAGAAUUAUAUUUGACUAUGGAAUGCUUGGAAAAUAUCUUCAUAAAAUCCUAUCAGAAAGAUAGAAAUCCAAAUGGUAUUUCCAACACUCAGAACACUGGUCUUUAUAUAAGUGCUUUCUUGGCAUGGGCCCUUCUGUUGACCAUCUGCCCAAUGAAUGAAGUGAAGAAAAAGCUUGAAAUGCAUUUGCAUAAAUUUCCUAUCCUGCUAUCCUGUGAUGAUGUAAACAUGAGGAUCGCUGCUGGGGAAACAUUGGCUCUUUUAUUUGAACUUGCAAGAGAAUCUGAUGAGGAUUUUUUUUAUGAGGAUAUGGAGCUUCUAACACAGAAAUUGAAGGCUCUAGCUACAGAUGGAAAUAAGCAUCGUGCUAAAGUAGACAAAAGGAAACAGCGAUCUGUCUUCAGGGAUGUCUUACGAGCUAUAGAGGAACAUGAUUUUCCCACAGAGACCGUGAAGUUUGGACCAGAGCGCAUGUACAUUGACUGCUGGGUUAAAAAACAAACAUAUGAUACUUUCAAAGAAAUUUUAGGAUCAGGAAUGCAGUAUCAUUUACAGUCCAAUGAGCUCCUCCGGAAUAUCUUUGAACUUGGUCCGCCACUCAUGCUUGAUGAGGCAACUCUUAAGACCAUGAAGAUAACCCGUUUUGAAAGGCAUCUGUACAACUCUGCAGCGUUCAAAGCUCGGACAAAGGCUCGAAGCAAAUGCCGUGAUAAAAGAGCAGAUGUGGGUGAAGUGUUCUAGAACAAGUCUUCAAAGCCCUUGAACAUUUUUUUUGUUAAAUCUAGUUCUUGUUUAAAUAUAAUUAAUUGCAGUGUUCAGAGUUAAAUAAUCCUUUUUAAUUGUAUCAAUUGCACAUUGCAAUACAGUACUUGAUAUGUGUUAACUGGCUAGAUGAAUAUAUAGUGUAGGUGAGACUGUAGAAUGGUAGAGAAUUUCCUGAUAACUAUGAUGGGUAAAAAUCAACUUUUGAUUUGGAAUAAUUCUUAACAAUAUUCAAAGUCACACAGUGCUGAGGACACUCCUGAUUCAGCUUUUUAUUUUUAGUAAUCUAAUGAAAUAAGUUACGGGUCUUAAGAAUAUUCUUUGAGGGUGAAUGUCCUUCUGUAAAAACAGCUAUUUUACAAUCAAACAUUUUAAAAGUAAAUAUCCAAUUUAUUACAGUGACAUUAGCAUACUAGGCAGGACUGUCAAAUUCAGUUGACAGCACUAAUGAUGAAGUAGCACACAAAUAUUUAAAUGUUACUUAUAUGCUGAAACUUAGGUAAUAAAAUAUUUAUCUGAAUUUUUGCAUGAAAUGUGUAUGAAUAAUGACUUUAUCAAAACAUAUUCAAAUAUAAAAAUAUUGUUCUGGCUUU